UUUUCGAGGGUCGAAUAAUUUUGUCAAAAAAAUUUUCAUAUUUUUCUUCGAUACUAAUACGUUGUUGGGGAGCCUUCAGGGAGCCAUUCUCUUUCCUUUGGGUAUUUUUGGGUUUUUUACAGACAUAUGAAAGUUUCCGUGUUAGCUGGGGUCGAAAAAUUUUGUGAAGUAUUCGAAAAACUUUUCUAUCUUUUUGAAUCCAUUUUAAUCUAUCUUGUUUAUUUUUAUUUGUUGGGUUAUUUUUCAUUUGCGUCUCGACACUUUUCUUGCUUCUUUUAUUUUGUCACCAACUUGUUGACAAUAUCAAUGAAUUUUUGGGGGCAUUAA